AUGUCCAGCCCCAGGAGAGCCAAGCGCCUCGUCACGCUGACCCACCCGCUCCUGCGCAAGCUCGACUCGUGCAGCAGCGUCGCGGAAUUCAACCAAGUCCACGCCCAGCUCCUCGUCUCCGACCACUACCUCGCCACCAGCCAAGCCGUCAAGAAGCUCUGCGCUCUGCGCGCGGUCUCUCGCGCAGUCCUGUUCUUCAGAUCCACCAGCGAGCCCGACGCCUCCGUGUGCAACACCAUCAUGCGGACUUACGUGGGCGGGAAGGACGCGGGCAGCGCCAUGAGAUUUUAUCGGGAUGAGAUGGUGGGUAAUGACGUCGUGCCCAAUCAUAUCACGUUCCCCAUUGUUCUGAAGGUGUGUGUGGAGACUGGGUCGUUGAGCGAAGGAGAAAAGGUUCACGGCAGGGUGUUCAAACUCGGGUUCGAGCCGGAUUUGUUCGUGACGAACGCAUUGAUUCACUUCUAUUCGGCUUUUCAGAAGACCGGGAAUGCCCGCUCGGUGUUUGAUGCGGGGCCUGUUCGGGAUUGCGUCAGCUGGAAUACUAUGAUCGAUGGUUAUGUCAAGAAUGGGGAAGUUGAUCGUGCACGUGAGCUGUUCGAUGAAAUGACUGAGAGGGACGCUGUCACUUGGACCUCGAUGAUAGGGGGCUACAUUGGGAGAGGGGAGAUGGAAGAGGCGAGAAGUUUGUUUGAUAAGAUGCCAUCUAGAGACAUCCCAUCGUGGACUUGUAUGAUUGACGGGUAUGCAAGGAUCGGCUGUUUUUGGGUGGCUCUUGAGUUGUUUAACUCAAUGCCUUCCCGGAAUGUGGCCUCUUGGAAUACCUUGUUGGAUCAUCUUGUCCGUCAUGAACAUUACAGGGAGUGUUUGAGUUUGUUUGAUACUAUGCUCCAAGAGAGAGAGAUUAAACCCAAUAAGUUUACUCUUUUGCCUGUCUUGACUGCAUGUGGCAAUCUGGGGGACCUCGAUAGAGGCCAACUAGUCCGUUCUUACAUCACGAGAAAUCACAUUAAAGCUGAUGUGGCGCUCUCAACCGCUUUAUUGACAUUGUAUGCAAAAUGUGGGGCUGUGGACGUGGCUAGGAAUCUGUUUGAUCAGAUGCUUGAUAAGAAUGUUGUCUCGUGGAAUGCUAUGAUUCUGGGGUACGGAAUGCAUUGGCAUGGCGAGAAAGCCCUAGAUUUGUUCCUGGAGAUGGAGAAGAGAGGUCAAAUACCAAAUGAGUCCAGCUUCGUCAGCGUCUUAUCUGCCUGCAAGCGCAGUGGAAUGGUUUUGGAAGGUUGGUGGUGUUUUGACCUAAUGUCUCGAGUUUAUAAGAUUGAUCCCAAAGUACAGCACUAUGGUUGUAUGCUCGAGCUUCUUGCCAUGGUCGGGUUGAUGAAGGAAGAUAUAGAAGAGUUGGUCAAAGAAGUCCCAACGGGGGCUGGAUCUACCCAUUCUACCACUGAACUAGGAGAGACUGUGGCCGAGCGAUUGAUCGAGUUGGACCCGACUGAUGUUGCGCCCUAUGUGCUCUUGGCAAACAUGCAUGCAGCAGAAGGUAAUUGGGACGCUGUCGAGAACGUCAGAAAGAUUAUGAAGGAUAUAGGUUUGCAAAAGGAAGUCAGGUCUAGCCUCUCUCGACUUGGAGGCAUCGAGUCCGAAGAUGUCGAAAAGGAUAGUUUGCCCCAUCGAAGAGUUAUGAUUUAUUCAAUGUUGAGUGAGAUCGGUUCUCAUAUGAAAGUGUACUGUAGAGACUCUAGAGUUGUAGAGGAACUAACAUUGAGUCUGGUGGAGUUGAUUAGAAAGGAAAAGAAAGAAUUUUCAUGA